UCCUCUCUACAAGUGAAAUCAAUUGAACAUCAUGUUUAUCCGCCCCUUUACUAUCCUCGUUGUCCUCUUCGGCCUGACGGCCCUUGUCAGCGCUGGCCCAGCGCCAGUGGAUGCUAAAGCAAAGGCCCUUGAUGACAAGAAGCUUAAGACUCCCCCUGCCGCUUUAGAGAAGGCCACUGAGGACCAGAAGCACAAGACUCCCCCUGCUGCUAGAAAGACUGAUAUCGAGGACGAGAAGAAAAAGACUCCCCCUAAGGACAAGACUACAAUCGAGGACGAGAAGAAAAAGACUCCCCCUAAGGACGAGAAGGACAAGACCAUCGAGGACGAGAAGAAAAAGACCCCCCCUAAGGACGAGAAGGACAAGACUACCAUCGAGGACGAGAAGAAAAAGACCCCCCCUAAGGACGAGAAGGACAAGACUACCAUCGAGGACGAGAAGACAAAGACCCCCCCUAAGGACGAGAAGGACAAGACUACCAUCGAGGACGAGAAGAAGACUCCCCCUAAGGACGAGAAGGACAAGAAGCCUACUGAGGACGAGAAGCGCAAGACGCCUCCUGCUGCUCGCGUCACAAAUUACUAG